AUGACUGCUUACAACAAAAUCAACGGUGUUCAUGUUUCUGAAUCUAAGGAAAUCUUACAAGGAAUCUUGAGAGAUGAAUGGAAAUGGGAUGGUUGUACCAUGUCCGAUUGGUAUGGUACUUACUCAACCAAGGAACCACUUGAUGCUGGUUUGAACUUGGAAAUGCCCGGUCCAACCAGAUUCAGACAGCUUCUUCAAACUGUACAUGCUGUCCAAGCUAACUUGAUCCAUCCAAAGGUCAUUGACGAUAAUGUGAGACAAGUUUUGAAAUUGAUCAACCAAGGUUUGAAGGCUGGUAUUCCUGCAGACGUGGUUGAAUCUGCCAACUACUCCCCUGAAGCCAGUGCUCUCUUGAGAAAAGUAGGUGAUGAAUCUAUUGUCUUGUUAAAGAAUGAAGAGGGUAUUUUACCAUUAUCCAAGACUGCUAAAGAAACCAUUGCUGUUAUUGGCCCAAAUGCCAAGGCUUCUCAAGAUUCUGGUGGUGGUUCUGCUUCUUUAACCGCCACUUACAAGACCACUCCAUAUGGUGGUAUAGAAGCUAAAGUCAAGGAAGGUGGUAACACAAUUGAUUUGCAAUACGCUCUUGGUGCUUUCUUAGACAAAAAUGUCCCUGAUAGUGUUUCCGUAUUGGAAAAUGAAAAAGGUGAAAAGGGUCUUAUUACCGCUAGAUUUUACCAUGAAGCUCCAGGUACUGCAGAUCGUAAACCAUUUGAAGAUCUUUCAUUGAACACAACCAGGCUUUUCCUUAGUGACUUUAAGAGUCCAAACUUGCCAAUUGACCAAUUGUUAUACUAUGUCGAUUUCACCGGUUAUUUCACCCCUGAUGAAACUUCCGAAUAUACAUUUGGAUGUUCUGUUUUCGGUACUGCUCAAAUUUUCGUUGACGGUAAAUUAGUCGUUGAUAACAAGACCAAACAAGUCAAGGGUGAUGCAUUCUUCUUGGGUAUGGGUACCAGAGAAGAAAGAGGUUCUGUUUUCCUCGAAAAGGGAAGAAAGUACCACGUCAAGGUUGAAUUCGCUACUUCGCCAACUUACACUCUUGAAGAUGGUGCUCAAGAACAAGGUGGUGUUUACUUUGGUGUUCAAAUCAAAUCUUCUCCAGAAGAUGAAAUUGCCAAGGCAGUCAAGGUUGCUAAAUCCGCUGACAAGGUUGUAUUGGUUGUUGGUUUAUCUAAGGAAUGGGAAUCUGAAGGUUUUGACCGUAAGGAUAUGGAUAUUCCAGGUUAUACUAAUAAGUUGGUUGAAGCUGUGGCUGAAGUUAAUCCAAAUAUUAUUGUUGUUAACCAAUCCGGUUCUCCAGUCACUUUGCCAUGGGCUGACAAGACCAAGGCUUUAGUUCAUGCAUGGUAUGGUGGUAAUGAAUUGGGUAACACCAUUGCUGAUGUUUUAUUCGGUGAUCACAACCCAUCAGGUAAAUUAUCCGUCUCUUUCCCAAAGAGAUUAGAAGAUAAUCCAUCUUACAUCAACUUUGGUUCUAAUAAGGGUCAAGUAUGGUACGGUGAAGAUGUAUUUGUUGGAUACAGAUACUACGAAAAAGUCGGUCGUGACGUUUUAUAUCCAUUUGGUUAUGGUUUAUCUUAUACUUCUUUUGAUUUCCAACAUUUGAAAGUUAAUGCUGAUGGCGAAUCGUUGGUGGUUAAGGUUGACGUUACUAAUACUGGUAAGGUUGCUGGUGCUGAAACUGUACAAUUGUACAUUGAGCAAGCUAAUCCAAGUAUCAACAGACCAGUCAAGGAAUUGAAGGAUUUCGCCAAGGUGUUCUUAAACCCAGGUGAAACCAAGACUGUGGAAUUGGAAUUAAGCGUCAAGGAAGCUACUUCCUACUGGAACAGUUUUGUCAAUCAAUGGCAAUCUGAUAAGGAUACUUAUAAGGUCUUGGUAGGUAACAGUUCCGACAACAUUUUGCUUACUGGCCAAUUUGCUACUACCAAAAAUGUUACCUGGACUGGGUUGUAAAUGAAUUUAUGAGUGUUUAUAGAUUGAGUUUAUUAAAUGAAUUAUCAAUGUUAUUUGUACCUAAUACUGGGUAUAUUGGAAAUCUCAAAGAUAUAGUGCGGUGUCAAUUAUAACUGUAGAGUGUUACAUUUUGAUACAAUGUAUAACGAAUAUAUUAUUAG